UUAUACAUAUAUAUUUUUAGUUUGGAAGAUGGCAUUAACUGUCAAGAAAUCCUCACAGGUUGUAGUAAGCUUGUGGGCUGCUGCUGUGGUAGGGAGCUGGUGCAAUUUUUUGACUGUAUUUUAUGUUGGUUUUGUUGAUGCCCACACAUUGCCAGUCUUAUACGAGAGGUACGAAGAUGAAGUUGACAGCUUUGUAUAUGCAGUCCUGGAACAGAUUCAGCAUAACUAUCGGAAGCUGGAUGCUGGUCUCCUGAGCAAGAUUCCUAAGGGAAAGCUCAAGGGGAAGAAAUCUGAGUAGAAUAAUGUAGUAAAAUAACUAAGAUCUUAAGAAGUUCCUUUGUCCAUCUCGUCUAUUAAUGAAUGAUUGAAUUUCAUAUUUAUGGUUAUUGAAGUGGAGAAUGUCUAUAAUCAGACUACAAAAAACAGAAGUUAUAUUUUAAGGAAUGGUCUUUGUUUACCAA